AUGGAGUCAAGUAAAAAUAACAAAAAUGACGAAAAUAACAAUGUUCCAAUGGAAAUAGAAAAUAAUAACAACAAUAACAAUAAUAGCGUUAAUAAUAAUUUUAAUAAUAAUAAUAAUAAUAAUAACAAUGAUAUGUUAAAUGAUAUUAAAAAUAAUUUAUUAAACGAAAUGAAAUUAAAUUUAUCAAAAGAGUUAAAUUUAUUAAAUAUCAAUUAUGACAAUAGUAAUAAUAGUGCUGAUAGCCCAUAUUCAAUAAUUACAAAUCAAUUGUUAUUAUUUCAACAAAAACAAAUCGAAUUAUUAAAUCAAAAAUAUUCAAAUUUAAUAGAAAAUAAAUUUAAACAGCUGGAGGAAAAAGUAAUGGACACAUUGGAUGAUAAAAUGGUUAAUGGUAAUUUAUAUAAUAAUAUCAAUGGCACAGCGUUUUCAGUUUUAGCAUCAUCCCUAUCAAAAUUAAAGAGAAAACUUGUAUUAAAUAACGAAAUUGACAGAGAGGAAUUGACAAAGAGAUUGGGCGUUAUGAUCGAUAGAGAGUUUCCUCAAGAAUUAAAAAAUAAAGAUCAAGAAUUAUUGGAAAUUGAUACCAGGAUACUAAAAGUAAAGGAAAUGUUAGGAUCUAUGGCAAGACACCGUUCAACUAGACCUCAGUUUUCAAUUGAAAAACAGAAGCAGUUUUUACAACAAGAACCAGAAGCAGUUUUUACGACAAGAACCAAAAUCAGCUCUGGCCCUUCAGGUAAAAAAAAGUUAUAUAUGCGUAUACCAUCAACCGGUAAUUUUAUUCAAUUCGUUUGUCCAAAUUGUAAAAAAGAUGAGUUUUCAAACAUGACUGGUUUCUUAAAUCACUGUAGAAUAAAACAUAAUAGAAAAUAUUCUAAUCAUGACGAAGCCGCAGAAGCUAUAGGUAUACCUGUUUCAGAAGAUAAAAUACCUAAAGAUGAUCCUUCACGUCAAGAGGCACCAUUAUUUAAAUUUAAAACUUCAAAAGAUAGUUCUAACACAAUUGGCAAGGAAAAGAAAAAUAUAAACGAUGAUUUAAUGGAAUUAAUUUCAAAGAGUAAUAAUAGUAGUGAGAAUAUAAUAAAUAAUACCGCAGCUGCAUCAACAGAGUCUUCAACUAAACUAUCAGCAGGACCAACAGCAACAACAUCAGCAAUUGUUUCUAACGAAACAUCUAAGGCUAUUGAAAUGGAAGAAGAAUCAUCAACCUCAUCAAGUAGAUUUUAUAUUAAGAAAAGAGUGAUAGUUGGUAAUACAUGCACUCAAAUUCAUCCAAAUCAAAGAGGCCAAGAUAAAUCAACUCAUAAAUGGAUGGUGUAUGUUAGAGGACCUCAAAAUGAGCCAGAUAUUUCAUAUUUUGUUAAAAGAGUUUGGUUUUAUUUACAUGAUAGUUUUGCACCAAAUGAUAGAGUUGAAAUUAGUGAAAAACCAUUUCAAUUGGUUCGUAGAGGGUGGGGAGAAUUUCCAGUUCGUGUUAAAUUGUUUUUCCAUGAUAUCAGAAAUAAACCAAUCGAUAUUAUUCAUAAUUUAAAAUUAAUUCAAACGCCAAUUGAAUAUGAAAGACAGCUUCAAAAACAGCAACAAUUACAACAAAACCAACAGCAACCGCAGCAACAUCAACAACCGCAACAACAACAGGAUACACCUAAUAAUAUUAGUGGUAUAGUAAUUUCACCAUCAAUUGUAAAUUCUUCAUCAUCGACAAAUACUAAUACCACUAGCGUGACAACCCCACCACAGACCUCCACAACCCCACCACAAACCAAUGCCACUACAUCACCAGUUCUUUCAUCACCAGUUGUAAAGAAAAAACCCACAAAUUUAUUUUCAUCAUCCUCUUCAAUGGGUGGCGGUAAAUUAUUUGCAAAUAUUUCAAAAGAAUUAAGAAUUAAAAAAGAAAUGGAAAAGAAACAUUUAAAAGAAAUAAGGAAAGAGCGUGAAAAAAGUACAAUUGUAGAUAUAACAGCUGAAAAUGAAAUAAAUAAUACAGCCAAAAAAAUCAAUAAUAAUAAUAAUAGUAAUAACAAUAAUUAUAAUAAAAAUAAAAAUAUUUUCAAAUUCGAUUUUGACGAUGAAGACUUAUUGCAACAUCCAGACCUUGUAAAUAAAAUAAAAGAUAACAAAACUACAACUACUUCCACAACCACAUCAUCACAACCAUCAACUUCAAAUCAUACAUCACCUAAAAAAAAAGAAACUAAUGCAGAAGAGCAUCCAAUUAUUUCCAAUAACAGCACCAAAAAACAACCAUACAGAACAAGUAAAUCAAGAGAUGACUGGGUUAGAUGGACUUUCGGAAAGCAAAAAUCAAUAGAAUAUCGUCGUGCUAAACUUAUUAACCGUUUAUUUAAAAAGUCAAUGAAUGAGGAGCUUACAGUUUCUUAUACUAUUAAAUGGUGCAGAGAUAAUGGUUUCACUCCUCUAACUCAUUCACAAGAAAAGUUCUAUAAUAUGAAAGAUCCAUUUUCAAAAUCAAAAUAUGAAGUAAUUGAAACAAAAGAAAAAAGAAAAGAUAAAAAAGAAAAAAGUAAAGAUAUAGAAAAAACUAAUGAAGAAAAAGAAAAAGAAAAGGUAGAAAGGUUAGAAAAAGAAGAAAGAGAAAAAGAAAGAGAAAGAGAGAAAGAAAAAGAAAGAGAGAAGGAAAAAGAAAAAGAAAGAGAAAGAGAAAGAGAGAAAGAAAAAGAAAAGGAAAGAGAAAAGGAAAGAGAAAGAGAAAAGGAAAGGGAAAAGGAAAGAGAAAGAGAAAAAGAAAAAGAAAAGGAGGUGAACAAUAUUUUAAGUUCCACUACUAUCGAAACAGCUACUACUAUUUCAGAAAAUUCAAUAGUUUACCAAGAAACAAUUGAUACUCCAAUUAUCCAAAAUAAUAAUAAUAAUAAUAAUAGUAUUUUAUCAUCAACAGAAGCAGCUAUUAAGGAAAAUAAGAGUUUAUUUGAUCAACAAUACGAAUCAGAUAUUUUAAAUGAUGAAAUCGAUAAAGUUUUAAAUGGUAUUGAUGAAGGCAGCAAUAAACUAAACCACGAUGUCAAAAUGGGAUCUUCAGAUAUGUUUGAUAUUGAAAAUCACUUUUUAUCAAAUCAAAAUUUUUCAGAUAAUAAUUCAUCACUUCAUCAUCAUCAUGAUAUUAUAAUGCAACCAAUGGAAAGUAUUAGAUCAGGUUUAUCAAGUGUUAUUGAGGAGCAUCAUUUAUUUUCUACCUCACAAACUUUGAUUGAUGGUUUUAAACCCGAUAUCGACCAUAAUAGUAUAUUGGGUACCGCAGGUGUUGAUCCAGCUAUGAUGAUUGGUUCAGGAACCGCAACCACAGCAGAAACAAUGACAACAGCAUCUUCUAUCAGCACAAUUAGUUCACCAUCAUCCACACUUCCAACAUUAGAGACUAUUGUUACAGAAACAUGUGAUAAUACUAUAAUCAAUACAGAAUAUACAGAUCCAUCUACAAUAACAACAAAUAUUCCUUCCACAGAAUCAAAUACCGAGUUAACAGUUUCAUCUUCAGAUAUUACAUCACCAACAACAGCAAUAAUGGAUUCAAAUAUGGGUAAUAUACCAAUGGAAAUUUCAGAGCAUCAACCAAUACAAACAGAACAAGAGCAUCAUCAGGUUUUGGAAAAAACGGAAUCAUCAGAAGCAGCAGAAGCAGCGGCAGCGGCAGCAGCAGCUUUACAAGCAGUGGCAGGUAUUGAUAUACCAGUGGAUACAUCAGAUGGAAAUGAUUCAGUUGCCAAUACGAUUGCAGAGGAUGAAUUAUAUGAUUUCCCAUUAAUAGAAACUUCACUGUGCCCAUUGACACCAAAUCCUAAAACAGGUAAAACAACAUUUGUCGAUAUCUCUACUAUAUCUCAAAAUGUGGUAAAUAACUCUACCAAGGGAAAUGCAUUGGUAGCAACCGUACCAAAGAAACCUACUUAUCCAUCAUUAUUUUGUAGAUACUGUGGAACUGGUCAUAGUGCAGGUCAAUUUGAUAGUAGGCAAAAAGCCUGUUUAUUACAAUUUAAAGCAAAUUCAUUUACACAUAUCACAAACUCAUUCCCACAAAUUGUUAUAACUUAUCCAGCCAAUUUUGAUCCAGAAUCAAAACAUCCAAACUCAAAUGCAUUGUCACCAAUUAAGGUUUUAAAGAAAUCUAAAUAUCAUAAAGAUAAAUUCCCAAUCGAAUGGAUUCAAAAUAUUUUAAGAAUUAUAAAUAUACCAAGGUUAAAAGAUUCAACAUGUGAUUUUAGCACAGAGGAGCUGUUAUAUAUGAGCUCUAUUUUAUUCAUUAGAGAUUUGGUUGGGGAAGCUUAUGGAUCAUAUUUAGAAGAAAGAGAAAAAGAAUCAAAAGAUGAAUGUGUUUUAAAACUUAUUGUUCCUGCUCAUCUACAUUCUGCUAUUAAAAAUAACCCAUUAUUUAAUUUUAUUAGUAAUACUGGUUUAUAUAACACUAAAUAA